GAAUUGUAUCUUCAUCGUUCCGCAGGAAUUCUUGCUCUCUGACAUCUGAAACCGCGUCUUCCUCAACCUCAACUCAACGCCCUUGCCUUCUCCUUCCUCCUUCAUCCUCAUCCCUUCCCUAUUUUUGCCUCCCUAAACCCUAUCUUCCCUCUGGUUUUCUCCUUCUCAUAUAUGCACCAUGUCCAUCUUUAGCCCCUCCACAGGCUUCUUCGCCAUGCUCUGUAUCCGUGGCCCCCCUCUCUCCUGGAAAAGAUUCCAUCUUUUCGACCUCUCUCUCUUCCCUUCCUCCAUUUUCCUUCCCUCCAUCACCUCCUAGUCUCUUCAUCUUCAUCUUCUACCUCUUCUUCUUCCCUUCUUGUCCCCGUCGCCGUUUUCCCCUUCCCGGUGACAUGGCCCGGGUGAUGAACGAGCAUCCGAACCAGGACGACUCGCCCAGGAGCAUUCUGUUCAACAAGUACGAGAUGGGGAGGCUUCUGGGUCAGGGAAACUUCGCCAAGGUGUAUUACGCUAGGAACCUUGUGACCAGCGAGAGCGUCGCCGUUAAGGUCAUCAAGAAAGAGAAACUCAAGAAAGAGAGGCUCGUGAGGCAGAUCAAGCAGGAGGUUUCUGUGAUGCGGUUGGUCCGGCACCCUAACAUCGUCGAGCUCAAGGAGGUCAUGGCCACCAGAGGAAAGAUCUUUCUGGUAAUGGAGUAUGUCAGAGGUGGUGAGUUGUUCUCCAAGGUUGCGAAAGGCAAGCUUAAGGAAGACGUUGCCAGAAAAUAUUUCCAGCAAUUGAUAAGCGCCAUUGAUUUCUGUCAUAGCCGUGGAGUCACGCACCGUGAUCUGAAGCCUGAGAAUCUUCUUUUGGACGAGAACGAAGAUCUCAAGGUUUCCGAUUUUGGGUUGUCGGCGUUGCCGGAGCAGCGCCGAUCCGACGGAAUGCUCCUGACUCCGUGUGGAACGCCGGCUUAUGUGGCGCCCGAGGUGCUGAAGAAGAAAGGGUACGAUGGAUCCAAAGCUGAUAUUUGGUCAUGCGGCGUGAUUCUCUAUGCUCUGCUUUCUGGGUAUCUGCCAUUUCCGGGCGAUAAUGUUAUGAAGAUUUACAAGAAAGCAUUCAAAGCUGAGUACGAAUUCCCAGAUUGGAUUUCAUCAGGAGCUAAGAAUUUGAUCUCUAAUCUUCUAGUCGCCGACCCAGAAAAAAGAUAUUCGAUCCCAGAUAUCAUGAAGGACCCGUGGUUUCAAAUCGGGUUCAUGAGACCAAUCGCGUUUUCGAUAAAGAAGGAACCAGGUUUCGAUUUCGACGAGGAAGAGAAUGAAGCUAAUGAUAAACAAGAAGGAGAAGCGUUGAUAAGAUCAGAGAAUAAGCCAUCUCGACCAUUUUACAAUGCGUUUGAGAUAAUCUCAUCUUUGUCAAAUGGGUUCGAUCUAAGGAGCUUAUUCGAGACACGAAAGAGAUCUCCGUCAUUGUUCCUGUCGAAGCUUUCAGCUCCGACGGUGGUGGCGAAGCUAGAGACGGUGGCGAAGAAGCUGAACUUUAAGAUCACAGGGAGGAAGGAUUUCAAGGUGAGGAUGCAGGGAGAAACAGAGGGAAGGAAAGGGAAGCUGGCCAUGACGGUGGAGGUGUUCGAGGUGGCGCCGGAGGUGGCGGCGGUGGAAUUCUCCAAGUCGGCCGGCGAUACACUCGAAUACAUAAAGUUCUGUGAGGAAGAAGUGAGACCUGCACUGAAAGACAUAGUAUGGAGCUGGCAAGGAGAUAGUACUAAUAAUAGUAGUCUUCAAAAUUAAGUUCCUAAUUUUUAUUUUUAUUUUUGAGUGUAUUUUUAAGAUUCAGUUUGGCUUUAGUACUAUCAGAUAUUUGUAGGUAAAUAUGUAGCAAAGGCGUCUGAAGAUUAUAGUACUGAAAGUAACAAGAUUGCAGAGUACAAAUAAUGUCCAAUAGGAUCUGGUGUGUGGAUGUGGAUGAUGAAUGAACUGGGGUUUGGGUUUGAUUUGAUCAAGAGGUUCUGCAAGGACUUUUGGAUUAUGUGAUUGAAUUACGAAGUUCAGCUUU